AGCACCCCUGGGUCACACUAUCCUUUUUCGUUCGAAUUAUUGGCGCGUUGUCAUGACUGAUGGAGACCCGGAGGUGCCCGGUGUCAUUACUCUCCGUAGGAACGUGCUGCGGACUUCUGAAACAUCCGAUGGCAAUGUAAAUCAAAGUGAUGAUAAUUUUGACGACGGAUCUUCAAAAGAUGUGCGAUUGAGUUUGAUGGAAGAAAUUCUGCUCCUCGGCCUAAAGGAGCGCGAGGGACAUCUAUCCUUUUGGAACGACAGUGUAAGCUGCGGUUUGAGGGGAUGUGUUUUAGCCGAGCUUGCCUUGCGCAAUCGUAUAGCGCUUGAGCCAGCUGGUAUGCGACGUCGAGGCCUAUUUUCAAGAAUUGUUGUCGUGAAAAAUGGCUUACCAACGGGUGACGCUUUGUUGGAUGAGGCUUUGAAGCUCAUUAAAACUAAUAAACCUGAGAAUGUAAAAUCCUGGAUUGAUUAUUUGAGCGGCGAAACUUGGAACCCGUUCAAAUUACCAUUGCAAAUGCGCAACGUCAGGGAAAGGAUUGCUAAAAGUUUAGUCGAAAAGGGCGUAUGUACCACCGAAAAGCAAAACUUCGUCGUUUUCGACAUGAUGACUCAUCCAUUGGUAGACUUUCAAACCAAGCAACGAGUGAUGCAUCGAAUACAGGAUUUGGUACUCAAUCGGUGGAGUCCAGACGUUAGCAAAUUAGACAAGCGUCUUCUUUCUCUCAUUAUUUUGGCUCAUCAUUCAGAUGUUCUUGAUACCGCGUUAGCGCCUCUAUCAGAUUCGGACUACGAUUUGGCUCGGAAGCGUGUUGGAUACCUACUUCAUACUAACUUUGAGGCCGAAGCUGCUAAAGACAGUGUGCUGGAUCUUCUAUGGGCUGUCUAUGCCUCUUUUGCCGUUUAAAGCUACGAAUCCCAAAUUUGAUGGCUGUGAUGUUUGCGGUUCCUUUACCACCACGUCGGCUUUGGUACUUUGGUGGUACUUGCUUUCCAUCGGGCAGCAGAGCUGUGAUGCGUUAUCCAUCUACUUGUAUCAUUUGCACUAAAACUGGAAUGCCUAUACUCUGAUGUCCCAUUCGGUGGUGGUCCGAGUCUAAGGGUCAAGCCCAAGCAGUCGCUAGCGUCCGCUUACCUGUUUCACUUCAUUGUACUUUGCCUCACUCCCCUGGGACAUUUUUUGACAACGCCAUUAGCAUUGUACAAAAUGCUUGCACCUAUGUAGUUAAAAUUGCGAUUUUUACGGACCCUCAACCACUCGGCGAAGUGGAACCUAGCACUUGAUACCAUCGAAUACACUUUGGCUCAUUCCCCGGCGCUCUUUCCUAUAUAACUAUCAUUCGUUUCCCUCAAAAGUCACCUGUUCCCUUACUGCAGUACUUUGGUCGUUGGUCUUCCUGUUUCUGUCUUCGGUAGCGGUACACCGAUUUCGGUAGUCUUUUCUUUCGGUGUUUCACACCAGUCACCUCCAGUAUCUCCUUUACAUCGCUUUUUAAACUGACUUCACACAGCAGUUGUUGAAUUUGUAUUACGUUCUUUGCUGAUUUGACGUCUUUCGACUCUAAUUGAUUUCUGCGUCUUCAUUACUACGAUGUUCGCAAUUUUUCGCGCUAAGUCCUAUGUAUACACAUUUUGUCCGCUGGUUGGUCGCUGGGACCAACUCCUUGCGACUGUGUAUCACGUUGAGUCACACUACGUGCCACACUUUAUUCUCACUUGCAGGCUGUAUCCUCUUUCCGUGCUUCGGUGCAGCCGGCAUUACUAUAUUAUAUGCGCGUUACUUAUUCCGUGUAUCAGUAGGUACCUCGUCGCUCACCACCGGAGAGUAUUGAGUGACUGUUUUUCGUUAGAAUAAGCUGUAAGUCUGAACCAUGCCAAACAAUUUGACUACCCGACCAAAGCUAUCGCAGUCAC